CACAAACACGCAUCGCCACUACUGAUGUGUCAAAUCGAUCGAAACCAGCGAAGCGAGAAAAACAAAGUUUCAAUUUUUACACGCGCAGAGUGCAGUUUACGCGUUAACAUUUUCUGUUUUCCAACCACAUCCUGCCAUUUCGUUAGUUUCAGUAUUAUUUUAAAUUUCAACGUGGAUAGAAUUCAUUAAAUGAUUUCUUCACUGCAAUGCAAGAAUGUUUCUGUGGAAAGGGGCAUGAUACUUUGAGGAGUUUAAAAGUUGCCGCUAAGUUUUAAGUGUUGGUGGUGUGGCUUCGUUAGGGUUUCGACACUAGCUAGCGUGUCGAUAGGCGAUGUCGUUCGUGUCGCCGCUCUUCGCGUUGAGUCUGUACGUUGAGUUCGUCUUUUUCACGCAUUACGGCGAUUUCAAUGACUGGUUUAAGACGCUAUGAGUUCUUCAUCAUUCCUGAGGAUGUAAGCUGUUGAGUAAUGGCCUCAAGAAGUAUAAAAAAGAAAGGAUUUUUCCAGGGUAUGCGAAAGCGGUCGGCAAGUUUUGCACACCCUGGUGAGACCGGUCCAAAAGAGUGCUCUACCGACUUCCAAGCCUAUCUCAAGGCGAUAGUGGAGUCCAAGGCCACCCAACAUCCAGAAACUCCUCCCAAGAAUGAGGAUGAGGAGGAGCAACCGCAAAGACGCCUCCGGUCCUACUCCGAUCCAUCAGGAGGCCUUUCAAGUCACAAAACAACUCCAAAUCCAAUCUUGAAGACAAUUCCAGAGACUUCUCCCUCGAAAACACGACGCUCCUCUCUAUCUCAGACUCAGAAUUUGACCAGCGAUUUCACGUUUUUCGAGGAUGAGGAAAAUGAGGAUGACAUCUGGAGUUCGGUGGAGAGCUUUGACUCUGGAGACGUGGAGAUUUAUAGUAACUCACCCAGGACCAGAAGGCAUAGUUGCUCUGAGAAAAACGUCCGAUUUGGACCCGUUCAGAUGAGGGACCCGCCUCUGAAUCAAGGAAUUGAAGUCUUCACCUGGCUACCAAAUGGAAAUCGUCUGACAUUAACGGGCCAGCCUGGUAUGAAGAUCAAAGACCUAGUCGCUGAUGUAACCAUGGAAUACCAGAUACCCAGACACAGGCUGCGCAGGGCCUCCACCCUGGGCAUUGUGCGGGACGACGCAAGGCUAUCAACGCUGGCCAGGCAGGAGAUCAUCAUUGAGUCGCGCUGCGUGGAGGAAACCGAGGAAGAUGCUGAUAAGCGAUUGGCUGUUCUGAAUGAGUUCAUCUCAACAGAGAGAGCGUACUGUAAUUUACUGCAGUCCAUCUUCACAACCUACAAGGAGCCUUUGAGAAAAUCGCCAUCGAUGCCCAAAUCUGAUCACACUCGCAUAUUUUCUAAUGUGAAACAAAUGGUGACAGUGAGCGUCACCUUUCUGACAAAGUUGGAAGAAGUUGCAAGUUCCUGGGAUCCCAACACAUCCACAAUCGGUGAUUUGUUCGAUGAGGAAUUCUUGGAGGAGUUCAAGGAGUACUACGCCCAUUUCAGGGUGAUGCGCCUACUGUUGGUCUUCUUACAGAACAACAACAAGGACUUUGUGCAUCUUUGUCGGGAGAAGCGAGGAGCGUCCUGGCACACCCUGGACUCGCUGUUACUACUGCCGGUAAGUCACAGGUUUAAAGUUGCUGUGCAGUAUGGCAUGUCAUCCCACUUGUCUCCCACGGUCCACCCCACUGAGGCCUGCAGCCUGGGCCUUCCAGCCUACUGA